UUCGCAAUCAUUAAAGGAGACAGAUUUGGACUGACUUUGUCUCCGAACCUGCUUUGUUAAUCUGUACGUGGAAAAUGUCUUGUAUCUCACCGAAACUCCUCUUGCAGGCAAAAUGGAUGAAUCAGUUGGCUGGACGUUUGUUAUCAUCUUGUGUUACAUCGGAUUCAAACUACAAAACGGCGAUUGUAAAUAGUGCAAAUAUGGCUUAUUUGGAUGUUGGUCGAAACAAAGAUACAACUAAAACGGUUGUGUUUCUUCAUGGUAAUCCCACAUCGUCUUAUCUCUGGAGAAAUAUCAUACCUCACGUGACAGAUAUAGCAAGAUGUAUCGCUCCUGACUUGAUAGGAAUGGGUCGGUCUCAGAAAUUGAAGGAUUCGAUGUAUACUUUUGACGAUCAUUACUCAUAUUUGUCGAAUUUAUUGGAAUCUUUAAAUCUUCCGGACAAGUUAAACUUGGUCAUCCAUGACUGGGGAUCUGCUCUUGGUUUUCAUUGGGCCAACUGUAAUCGCGAUCGUGUAGAAUCAAUUACUUUCAUGGAAUCGCUCGUUGCUCCUCUUACCUACGAAGAUUUUCCAGAGGAAGGACGUGAAGCAUUUAAAGCUUUUCGUUCACCGCUAGGUGAAGAGCUCAUUCUCGAAAACAACGCAUUUGUUGAACAGAUCAUACCUUUAGCGAUCAAAAGAACGUUAAAGCCAGAGGAGAUGGAAGUAUACAGAAAACCUUUUGCCGACAAAGGAGAAGGGCGUAGGCCAACAUUAACAUUUCCACGGCAGCUUAUAAUCGACGGUCUAGGAGAAAAUGGACCAGAAUCUGUUAGAGAAAAGAUGCUAUCUUACAAAUCAUGGUUGUCCGAAUCUUCCUAUUUACCAAAGCUGUAUAUUGACGCAAAUCCCGGACAACUGUCGCCUGCAAUUCGUAAGAUUGUACGCAACUGGCCUAACCUGAAGAUGGCGUCCGUGAGCGGCCUUCAUUAUCUGCAAGAGGAUUCACCAGAUGAAAUUGGAGUUUCCAUUCGCGAAUUUUAUUUGAAUCAUGUAUUUAGCGAAGAAAACGCAGUGGGAUAAAAUCUCAACUUUGAAAUCAAUGCUAUAGAAAUGGCAAACCUUUAAUGAUGAUUAUUGUGUGAUCAAUAAACUAUUCCACUUUUGUUAUAAUGAAUUACAGGUUUGAAGGACUUGAAAUAUAUAUUUUACAAAGAUUUUUUUAUCAAUUCUUUCCAACAUCGCUGUUUUUCAAUUUCUGUGAUCGUUUUCAUUGAUAGCUGAUUGAAUUUAAUGAAGCAGUCACAAAAAUACUAUUUAUUUUGAUUUUUCAAUAUUCAGCGACUCGUUAUUAUAAGUCUGAAGAGUGGGUUUGUAAUACAGUCUGCUUGAUUCUUUUCCGUACUACACCGGCUGAAUUGUUGUACUUAUUUAUUACUUGGACAUGCCAACUAAAGAUUUGCGUGCAAUUGUGAAUUAAAGCCGAUAGCCUACUUUUCUUGUACAGCGAAAUCUAGAACGCGUACUGAAAAAAUCAAAUCCUCUACCCUGAAAAACCCGUUAUUACUAUUAAUCGUUAACAAAAAAGUUUAAGCAAGGCGAAGAUAGGAAAACAUUAACAGCGCAAGUAAACUGAAACACUGCUGUAUUCCCAACGUGGUGAUAGAUAUUAUCAGCUUGCAGUUCGUAAUUUUCAUUUGUAGACUGAUAUCUUUGUGCCACUUCUUGCAAUAACAAUAUAAUCAUUUGACCCAACUUUUUUUUUUAUUAACUGAUAUCCUCAUGUUUUGAUAUUUGUUCUGAUCAGCUAAACAUUUCUGUAAGCAAAUUUAUACAUCAAACAUAGAUUUACUUGCCUCCUUUUCAUUUAUUUUCACGAAUAAACUACUGAACAUUUCAA